ACGUGACCGCACAAAGCGGAAGUGAUGAGCUGGCCCAAACAGGAAAGUGGGAGCUCAAAGACUAGCAGCGAAGCACCGUCCCUGCGGUACAGUAUUUAUGUUUUUUUUUAUGUUAGAUGGACAUAAUGGCUGAACACGUAUUUGCUAUCGGAUAAAGUAACAGCUGAAGUUAGUCACCGGUAACGCUAUAGUGUCCAUAGCUAAUUGAACAUGUCGAGGUGCAGACCUUUAAAAUCAUGUCGCUGUGUUGACUCUUCAAACGCUCAGCUGGUUGUUCAAGUCGGUUCAGUUGCUUUAAGUUUCUGUCUUAACUGAACACGUGUAAUAUUUGCACAAAGAUACGAUACGGUACGUUAAAAUCCACCAUCAGUAGUGACGAACCAGUCCCCGUCCAGAUGAGAUCAAGUAGACCUCUGUUCCUAUAACAAUGUUUCUAUGAUGUUUAUGAUUCAACCUUCAGAUCACCAGAACCUUUGUCUUGUCUGUGUAAAGUGAUCAGAAUACACGCCUUACUCACAUGAAGACAAUGAACAAAAGGGAAAGGCAUUAACUGAAGAAUGUAUGACUUUUUAUCACAUGACAUGUUGGGUUUAUCUUUAAAUAAAUGAUACAACUUUUAUAACUUUUUGCGCAAUUCAGAGUGAGCUGAUCAGACCGUCACCACACCCAGAAGAUAAGCCAAUUUACUCAAACUGCAAACUAAACUCAUGAGUGGCAACUCACAUUUAAAGAGUUCCUAGAAAGUAUUUAGCUGAUUUAGUGGUCAUUUCUACUCUUACAAGUCUAAUAAGGACACCUUUAUAAUGUAGAUAACAGGUGACAGAACUGAAGUCAAUAUGUUGCAGAACCUGUUAAGCCUGUAAAGAACGACAAUUUGUCGUUUGCAUUACAUUUUGUGAGCAUUGCCUAGAGCGCUUAUCAAAUAUUCCAAGCCUCUCUUAUUUGGGUACAAUGCUCUUCUUUGAGAGUUCAUUUACAGCUGACAUGGAAGUCUGAGGUGUGCUGUCCCUGAGUAAUCAAGAACAAUGUGACAAAUGUAUCUAAGACCCUCCAGUCUCUUGUGUGAACAGCCAACGGGUUCAGGUGCAAGUUUUGAGAUGAAACCCUUGAACCCUUUGCCUAACCAGAUUUUGACUACACUUGUUAGACUGAAGUGUAUGUUUGUUACGCUGCAGACGUCUGUCAAGUUGCAUCAAAACUGAAUCAUUUUUCAGUUCCCAGUCUUUGCACCUUGGAUUGUUCUUAAUGUCGGGCCUACUGGUUCAUCAGGAUGAACUUCUUGCAUUCGUAAGCACUUCGUUUUGUCAGACAAACUAUCCUUGAACCAAUUAAACAUGCAGCCACUUACUGCUGUGUUUAGCAGGAAGUAGUAGCUGUGAACUGGGUUUAUUUCCUUAUGAGUUUAUUAAAUAUUUUUUUCCUCUCUUCUAUAGUGUUUGCUGUCAAAAUGUUGUCUGAAGGCAGCUCUUUCAUGAAAGGGGUGUUCUUGGGAGGCCUUUUCUGCCUGGUACUGUCGCUCCUAAGUAGUUUUAGCCCCAGCACAGAGUCUGGACCAGAGGACCUCCACCAUCAUCAUCAUGUCAUGGCCCCGAGUAAAGACGAGCUGACACGCUUUUCUGACAGUCGGAUGCAGGAGUUAAUUAAUCAAGUUCGAGUGUCUUGCAUCAUCAUGGUUCAGCCCAAGUUAAUUGUUUACUGGGCUACUGCGGUAGACACCUGGAGCAAACACUGCGACAAGGCUGUGUUUUACACUUCUGAGCCAUCCAAGGCGCUUGAGGCCGUGGAUCUGAACGAAAAGGAUGACUGGGCGAGGUUACGUAAAGCUUUGAGGCAUGCUUAUGAGACUGCGGGAGACCUGCGCUGGUUCUUUAUUGCGAAAGCCACCACCUUCGCAAUCAUCGAGAACCUCAAAUACCUGGUGCUCGCAAAGGAUCCCAGCCAGCCCUUCUACCUGGGCAGCGCCAUGAAGUCAGGGGAGCUUGAGUAUGUGACUUAUGAUAGCGGAAUUGUUCUGAGCUACGAAGCACUGAAGAGGUUGGUGAAUGUGUUCCAGGAUGAGGACAAAUGUCCAGAAAGAGGACGCGCAUUGUGGAAGCUGAGUGAAGACAAGCAGCUGGCCGUGUGUCUCAAAUAUACCGGAGUCUUUGCAGAAAACGGGGAAGAUGCACACGGAAAGGGUUUGUUCAACAGCAACAGCGUGGAGACUCUGAUAAAAGACAGCAUGAAGGACAACCCCAAUAAUGUGGUGGAGGGCUGCUGCUCUGACAUGGCAGUCACAUUUAACGGGAUGUCACCGAGUCAAAUGCAGGUCAUGAUGUUUGGAGUUUACAGACUUCGACCUUAUGGCCACGAUCACCUUGACUCUUUAGUGUUUCUCCCUCCUGAAGGUUCAGAUAACGACUAAAGACUUACUCCUUUGGACUGGGGGUGGUAUUUUAAAAGUUUUGCUUCUGUGAUGGCAAAUUUAACUUUGGGGAGAUGGUUUUCAUAUGCUGUUUGUACAAAAUAAAAAGGAUCUCGGGUGGGAAAACACUUUAAUGUCUUUUUGAACCUUAUUUGCACUCGGCACAAUCAGCACUUCAUUCCCUUGUGGUGAAGGUAAAGAGAGUAUAUGAGUGUGCCAUUCUUAUGAAGGUGUGAAAUGACUUGUGAUAUGAGGAAUUAUGAUCAUGAAGCUUUGGUUGUUAUAUUGUUAUGUAUCUUAAAUGCUUGUUUGUCUUUUUGUGGUCUUAAAGCGACAUUAGAGUUACUAGGUGAAACUAUUUUCUGAAUAUGUUUGAAUAAGUUUCUGAAAUUAUUUAAAUUGAAAAAGUGUUCGGACCUCUGAACUACAUUAUGAACAACUUGUUUUAAUCUAUUGGAGUACAGACAUUUGUUUCUUUGUGUGUUGUGUUUGGUCACCUCAACAUAAAUCGAAUUGGCCCUCAGAACUAAAUACAAAAUACCUCAGUGUUUACUUCAAGGUGAACUCUAUCUAAACAUGAUAGAAAAGAAAAAUAGUUUUUCAGUGUGAAUGAUCCACUGACUUUUUAAAACCACACGGGUGUCGGAGUGAUGAGAUAACUCAUUUGAAAAGUAGGUUUUUGAUGAUGAAUAAAAGUGAUUUCUGAUAAUACUGAA